AUGACGCAAAAUCAUAUUUUGUACCGGAUCGUUUGAGUCGGUUCUUUGAAAUGAACAGUGAAAAGGUUUCACGGAAAAGAGUAGGACUUCCUAAACACUGAACGAGCUACACUGCGUGCAUAGCAAGCGAUAGUAGAUAUGGUGAAGAGGUGUGUUUUGGGUUGUUACCCGCACAAAACCUUAUUCCCUUUCCCUAAAAUACCCUGGUUGCGAGCUCGCUGGCUUGAAUUUCUACAUUUUGAGGAAGGAGGGAUAUCAGAGAGCUCGCGUCUGUGUGGCAGGCAUUUUGCACCUGAAUGCUUCACAAAUUUAAAGCAAUACGAAAUGGGAUUCUCGGGCUUUCUGUACUUGAUAGAUUCGGCUGUACCAACAAUAUACACUGUUGGUCCGUCGCCAAGUUUGAAGCCACUGACACGAGAGAUGGGCUGCCAAUGUAAUGGUCCACUUUUGAAGAACGCAUCAGUCCAAGCAGUACGCACCCAAAAAAAGCCAAAAAUACGUAGCAAAGCGAUUCAAGUGAAACCUCUUGUGAGUCACUGUGCUAGCGUGUCCUGCUCCGAAGAGGACUUUAUCAUCAGUCCCAAAUCUCCAUUCACAUUAUUACCAGUUAAAAGGCCACGAAUGGAGGAUAGCACAGAUGAGUCCACCGAGGGGUCAUCACACUCCACAAAGAAACCAACAGAUUCCACUUUCCACAUGCCCACUGUCAAACAAGAGGACGAUGUAAAGCUUGAGCCCUGUGAUUCUUCUUAUAUCGUCGUCACCAUCUGAAUCCUCCAUUUCGUCAUCUGCAGAGAACAGGAUCUGACCAGCACAAAAGGGGACAAGAGAAAGUUUGACUUGUGUUUUUCCCCCCCUUAGAAUCAGGUGACAUUGAUUACAUGUCUAGUUGAACAAAUCCUAAAAAAUGUUCACCCCAAGUGGAAUACUCCCAAACCAAAUGUGUAAAGUGCUACAGCCAUGAUAAAAUGAGUUAUAUUCUACAUAUAACCCAUGAUGAGCAACUCUCGAAGAGAGAGGACUACAAUCACUUGACCAAACCAUCUUAUACAUAUGUGUCAAAAUAUUUAUAUUUGACAGUUAAGUGGAGUGUGGAUGGAAAUACUAAACCUGAGAUGAUAGAGGACCAUGUGGCCUGUCUUGUUCUCGCAAACAAGUUUCAUGCUCAAAUUACUUGCCUUGUGUCAAAUCUAUCACCACUGAAACAGUGAGUUAGUUUAAAGUUGGGUGAGUUGAGAAGGAUAUGCAUUUAUUUAACAGAUGUAAAGCACUAAGGCCAAUCAAUGAAAGAAAGUCAACACCAGAGAACUUGAAGACAUUAGUAACAAAGAGGAUUCUAGGAAACCAUGUACACAGUGUUAAGUCAUUUGUAUUAGUUUGUUCCUGCCAACAAAAAUCCUCUAUUUGUUUUUGUAAUCUGUCUUUCAAUGAAAAUGAAGUGUACCCAAAGUUCAUAACCGGAUAUGCUAAUGUCGUUCAUGUCGGAACAGUCUCAAAGGAACGCCAGCUUCAUUAGAUUGUUGAAGUGGCUGAAGUUUUGGGAAAGAUUUUUACAUCAGUGAAGGACAGCCAAACAACUUGUGUAACUAUCUUGCAAAAUAGAGUGGAAUAAAAGGAGGUCCUCUUUAGAAUAUACACAUAAAUAACUCAAAAUAUUAAUGUUUUCACUCCAGAAAGUGCUUUGUUAAAGAAGACAAAGUAAGUCCAUGUACAGAUUCAGAUCUCCCUGGUCAGGUCUGACAGUUUAAUACAUUCCAUUAAUUAUUGAAAGUUAUAAUUUAUGUAAUCCAUUAUAAGAUUCUCUGAUGUAUUAAAUGUAUUACUUUGAUGAGAUGAAAUGUUUAAAUUUAUUUGACCGAGCAAAGACACAAUUUAUCUAAUUCCCAAUAAAAACACGUUAAGUUUAUAUUUUUUGGCAUUUUCAAUGUAUGUGACCAGAGUGCAAGUCUAUGAUGUUGCUGGUAAUAAACCAUCUUCUACAUGGCUGUUGGAUGAAAUUAAUUUAGCAAG